GAAGUGAUAAGUGACGAGCAUGGCAUUGACCCAGCCGGAGGCUACGUCGGUGACUCAGCGCUGCAGCUGGAAAGGAUCAAUGUCUACUACAAUGAAUCAUCGUGUAAGUGUGGGGUGGGGAGGGGUGCGGGACGCCGUGAGAAGGGUCACGGGGCAUGUUUACUUUUUGUUGUAGCCCAGAAAUACGUGCCAAGAGCAGUCUUGGUGGACUUGGAGCCGGGAACCAUGGACAGUGUGCGGUCUGGUCCUUUUGGUCAGCUCUUUCGGCCUGAUAAUUUCAUCUUUGGACAAACUGGUGCAGGAAACAACUGGGCUAAAGGACACUAUACAGAAGGGGCAGAGUUGGUUGAUUCCGUACUUGAUGUAGUAAGAAAAGAGUGUGAACACUGCGAUUGCUUGCAAGGAUUUCAGCUCACUCAUUCCCUGGGAGGAGGGACAGGGUCUGGCAUGGGAACCCUACUCAUCAGCAAGAUACGAGAGGAGUAUCCUGACAGGAUAAUGAAUACCUUUAGUGUCAUGCCCUCUCCAAAGGUUUCUGAUACAGUGGUAGAGCCUUAUAAUGCUACACUCUCGGUCCACCAACUGGUUGAAAAUACAGAUGAAACCUAUUGCAUUGACAAUGAAGCUUUGUAUGACAUUUGCUUCCGCACCCUGAAGCUCACCACUCCAACCUACGGUGAUUUAAACCACUUGGUUUCUGCUACCAUGAGUGGGGUAACUACAUCCCUGCGUUUUCCAGGCCAACUAAAUGCUGACCUCCGGAAGCUGGCAGUAAAUAUGGUCCCUUUCCCACGCCUUCACUUUUUCAUGCCAGGCUUUGCUCCUCUGACAGCCCGAGGCAGCCAACAAUACCGAGCACUCACCGUUCCAGAGCUCACCCAGCAGAUGUUUGAUGCCAAAAAUAUGAUGGCAGCCUGUGACCCAAGGCAUGGGCGAUAUUUGACAGUGGCUACUGUCUUCCGUGGUCCCAUGUCCAUGAAGGAGGUUGAUGAGCAGAUGUUGGCCAUCCAGAACAAGAACAGCAGUUACUUUGUGGAGUGGAUCCCAAACAAUGUCAAGGUGGCAGUGUGUGACAUACCUCCUCGUGGCCUCAAGAUGGCUUCCACAUUCAUUGGCAACAGUACUGCCAUUCAAGAGCUCUUCAAAAGGAUUUCGGAGCAGUUUUCAGCCAUGUUCAGGAGAAAGGCCUUCCUCCACUGGUUCACAGGCGAAGGAAUGGAUGAAAUGGAAUUUACAGAAGCAGAAAGCAACAUGAAUGAUCUGGUUUCAGAGUAUCAGCAAUAUCAAGAAGCAACAGCAAAUGAUGGAGAGGAAGCAUUUGAAGAUGAUGAAGAAGAAAUCAAUGAAUAAGUAAAUUAGGUGCGCUGUUUUCCAGUCCAAAUUCUCAAAUCUGGAUUUCUAAUAAUUAGGCAUAUAAAUACAUAUUUAGCC